CCCCGGCUGGGGCUCUGCGCCUGCGCUCGCCCGGCUGCCGCCUGCUCUCCCUGCUCGGCCGCGCUCUCGCCUGCAGCGCGCCGCCUGGGUGUCUGCGAGAUCCAUGGGCGGACGCCGCGAGAGCCAGGAUGACAGAUUACGGCGAGGAACAGCGUAACGAGCUGGAGGCCCUGGAAUCCAUCUACCCUGACUCCUUCACAGUAUUAUCAGAAAAGCCACCCAGCUUCACCAUUACUGUGACAUCUGAGGCAGGAGAGAAUGAUGAAACUGUCCAGACUACCCUCAAGUUUACAUACAGUGAAAAAUACCCAGAUGAAACUCCUCUUUAUGAAAUAUUCUCCCAGGAAAAUCUAGAAGAUAAUGAUGUAUCAGACAUUUUAAAAUUAUUAGCAUUACAGGCUGAAGAAAAUCUUGGUAUGGUGAUGAUCUUUACUCUAGUGACAGCUGUGCAAGAAAAAUUAAAUGAAAUAGUAGAUCAGAUAAAAACUAGAAGAGAGGAAGAAAAGAAACAAAAGGAAAAAGAAGCUGAAGAAGCUGAAAAGCAAUUAUUCCAUGGCACACCUGUUACAAUUGAGAAUUUCUUAAGUUGGAAGGCCAAGUUUGAUGCAGAACUCUUGGAAAUUAAAAAGAAACGAAUGAAAGAAGAAGAACAAGCAGGAAAAAAUAAAUUAAGUGGGAAACAGCUGUUUGAAACAGAUCAUAAUCUUGACACAUCUGAUAUCCAGUUCUUGGAGGAUGAUUUUUCAUAUCGCAAAUCGAUGGAAGCUGUUCUGUCAUCUGUUCUGGAGCUGUUAGAGACUUCAGCUGGCAACAAUGUGGAAGUAGAUGAGUCUUUGUUCCAGGAAAUGGAUGACUUGGAGCUGGAGGAUGAUGAUGAUGAUCCAGACUACAAUCCUGCUGACCCAGGAAGUGACUCAACCGAUUAAUGGACUAUCCCCUACUGCAGAGAGGCUUGACUGCCACAGCAUCUGUGGCUUAGCUGAGAGGGUUUUGAUUUUCCUUUCUUUUUUUCUAAGAAAAAAUAAUUUUCAGGAGAAUAUUCUUCUGAUAGCUUUCAUCAUUGAACUUAAUAAACUGACCUUAAAAUUUCAAAUGUAAAA